UUAUGGGCAAAUCAGAUGGAGAAAAUUGAGAUCAAUGACUUUAGAACUCGUAGUUUGCCUUUGGCUAGGAUCAAGAAGAUCAUGAAGGCUGAUGAGGAUGUGGACAUGAUAUCAGGCGAGGCGCUUGUGGUGGUUGCUAAGGCAUGUGAAAUGUUCAUUAUGGAGCUGACAACGAGAGCUUGGGUUAAAGCUGAGGAAAACAGAAGGCUGACACUUCAGAAGAAUGACAUUAGAUAUGCAAUCUCAAGAACUGAUGCGUUUGAUUUUCUUGUUGACAUUGUCCCUAGGGAUGACACUGUGGAGCAUGAAAUCGUUGCAGGCAUACUAAGAGACACUAUUCCAAUUAACAAUGUUCUUUAUCCCAUGCCACCUCGUCAGCAUGUUGCAUAUGCUCCACAUGGGCCCUCAAGAAUGGCUAUGGGUGGGCCCGUUCUUGAUCAGGCCCAUUAUGGGCUGGACCCCCAUCCUUCUACAACUCAAAUGCGGCCCAACCCCAAACAACAAGACCAUUCUCCUAAUUCGGAUGAUUGA